AGUCUUUGUGCUCAGAGCUUCCAUUACUCUUCCACCUCCUCAGGGCCACAGCAACCGACGAGCAAAGCCUGGAGGAAAAGAGGGGGGGUAGGAUGCUCCACGCAUGCGUUAGAAGCCGCCCCAACUCCCCCGCGGCGUCCUUUCUUGGAACAAAACUAACGUGGAGCCACGGAGCUCCGCACUUUGCGUAGACUCGCAUUUCCUAUUUCUCCUACAGUCCGUGUGCAAUCCGAAAAAUAGAAAUGAAGGUACAUAUGCACACAAAAUUUUGCCUCAUUUGUUUGCUGACAUUUAUUUUCCAUCAUUGCAACCACUGCCAUGAAAAACAUGACCAUGGCUCUGAAGAGCAUCACAGACACCAUCGUGGAGUAACAGAAUCGGAGUCAAGCAAACUUUUACUUUUGGAUGCUGAAAAUGAAAAAAAAUACUAUAUUGAAAAACUUUUUGACCGUUAUGGUGAAAAUGGAAGAUUAUCUUUUUUUGGUUUGGAGAAACUUUUAACAAACUUGGGCCUUGGAGAGAUAAAAGUAGUUGAGGUUAAUCAUGAGGAUCUUGGUCAUGAUCAUGUUUCUCACUUAGAUCUUUUGGCAGUUCAAGAGGGAAAGCAUUUCCACUCACAUAACCAUCAACAUGCCCAUAAUCAUUUAAAUUCAGAUAAUCAAACUGUGACCAGUGUAUCAACAAAAAGAAACCGUAAGUGUGAUCCAGAGAGGGAAACAAUUGAAGUGUCUGUCAAAUCUGAUGACAAACAUAUGCAUGACCAUAAUUAUCGUUUGUGUCAUCACCAUUGUUUGCAUCAUCACUUGGAUCAUAACACAACUCGCCAUUUUCCUAAUGAUUCCAUUACUCACAGUGAGCGUGGGGAUCCUAGCCAUGGACCUUCAACAGAGACCAAUAAAACGCAAGAACAGUCUGAAAGUAAGCAGCCAAAAAGAAAGAGGAGGCCAAAAGGAAAAAAAAAUGAAAAUUCUGAGGUUAUUACACCAGGUUUCCCCCCUAACCAUGAUCCGGGUGAACAGUAUGAGCAUAAUCGAGUCCACAAACUUGAUCGUGUACAUAGCCCAGGUCAUUCUCAUGGACGUCUUCCGGAACAUAGUGGUCAUGAUCCUAGUCAUGGACACUCAGAUCUUGAUCCUGAUAGUGAAGAUGAACUUCGACAUACUAAAAAGCGAGAGGCACCACAUGUUAAAAAAAGUGCAAUUUUUUCAGCUGCUAGUCACAAAGAUCAUAAUGAAGAUGACCGCCUACAUGAGUGUUUGAAUGUCACUCAGUUAUUAAAAUACUAUGGUCAUAAUGCCAAUUCUCCAAUAUCACGUGAACUGUUUACAUAUCUUUGCCCUGCAUUGUUAUAUCAAAUUGACAGCAGACUUUGUAUUGAACAUUUUGACAAACUUUUAGUUGAAGACUUAAGUAAGGAUAAAAAUCUGGUUCCUGAAGACAAGGCAAAUAUAGGGGCAUCAGCAUGGAUUUGUGGUAUCAUUUCUAUCACUGUCAUUAGCCUGCUUUCCUUGCUAGGCGUGAUUUUGGUUCCCAUCAUUAACCAAGGAUGCUUCAAAUUCCUUCUCACAUUCCUUGUUGCACUUGCUGUAGGAACAAUGAGUGGAGACGCCCUUCUUCAUUUACUGCCCCAUUCUCAGGGUGGACAUGAUCACAGUCAUCAGCACGCACAUGGGCAUGGACAUUCUCAUGGACAUGAAUCUAAGAAAUUUUUGGAAGAAUAUGAUGCUGUAUUGAAAGGACUUGUUGCUCUCGGAGGGAUAUACUUGUUAUUUAUCAUAGAACACUGCAUUAGAAUGUUUAAGCACUACAAACAGCAGAGAGGAAAACAGAAAUGGUUUAUGAAGCAGAGCGCAGAAGAAUCAACUAUUGGAAGGAAACUUUCAGAUCAUAAGUUAAAUAAUACACCAGAUGCUGACUGGCUUCAGCUCAAGCCUCUUGCUGGAACUGAUGAUUCAGUUAUUUCUGAAGAUCGACUUAAUGAAACGGAACUGACAGAUUUAGAAGGUCAACAAGAAUCCCCUAUUAAAAACUAUUUGUGUGUAGAUGAGGAAAAAAUCAUGGACCAUUCUCACAGUGAUGGCUUACAUACCAUUCAUGAGCAUGAUCUCCACGCUGCUGCACAUAACCACCACGACGAGAGUAAGACUGUGCUAAGGAAGCAUAAUCAUCAGUGGCACCACAAACACUCUCAUCAUUCACAUGGUCCUUGUCACUCUGGGUCAGAUCUGAAAGAAACUGGAAUAGCCAACAUAGCUUGGAUGGUUAUCAUGGGGGAUGGCAUCCACAACUUCAGUGAUGGCUUAGCGAUUGGAGCAGCUUUCAGUGCCGGAUUGACAGGAGGAAUCAGUACCUCCAUUGCGGUCUUCUGUCAUGAGCUGCCACAUGAGUUAGGUGAUUUUGCAGUUCUUCUUAAAGCAGGCAUGACUGUAAAGCAAGCAAUUGUAUACAACCUCCUCUCUGCCAUGAUGGCUUACAUAGGCAUGCUCAUAGGCACUGCUGUUGGUCAGUAUGCCAAUAACAUCACACUCUGGAUCUUUGCAGUCACUGCUGGCAUGUUUCUCUACGUAGCCUUAGUGGACAUGCUUCCAGAAAUGUUGCAUGGUGAUGGUGACAACGAAGAACAUGGCUUUUGUCCAGUGGGGCAGUUCAUUCUUCAGAAUUUAGGAUUGCUGUUUGGAUUUGCCAUCAUGCUGGUGAUUGCUCUCUAUGAAGAUAAAAUUGUGUUUGCCAUCCAGUUCUGACCAUUCCCAGUAAUCACUGUUGAUUACCAGAAUGUUACCGUGCAGCUUUGCAUCUCUUCCUUGUACUGUACGCACAUCGCUCAAAGAAAAGUCAGUGGCUUGCACUACUUACAAGUUCCAUAGAUUUGAGCCUAACCACAAAAGACUGGUGCUCAGUACUCUUCCCUGCACGAAGGGGUCUUUUAGAACAUAAAGCUGGUGAUAAAGGAGAACAUGGGACUCCAUGAACCAAUAUUGAUAUAGGUUUGAUUAAGAUGUUUUUUAAAAGAAAUAAUCAUAUAAAACACUAAAGUAGUCUCUUUUAUUAGUAUAACUUCUGUGGCUAUGCAGAAAUAGAAAUUGAACCAAAAAUCACUUAAACUUUAAAAAUAUUUUAAAUGGACUUUGGACAGACUUUUCUUUGUGCUAAGAAAUGAAUUGUAGUGCCCUUUAAUUCAGCUACGUAUAUACAUAUGGUAAUAGGGAUCAACUUGACACAACUUUGCAACUGGGUAGCUUAUAGGAACUAGAGGAGAAAAGCUCAGGCUGCAUUAGAGUAUGAAUUUAGCAGUGAGAAACGCCCUUAUUCUUGAAUCUAGAGUUACUAUUUUUGUAUAUAUUUGCAUAGUGUUUAAACUUGCAGCCUAAACUACUGAAAUUUGUGAUUGUAUGUUUGUGUGAGCUUCAGUUUAAUGAAAGAUUCAUAAUGGUUCUUUGUAUUAAUAUUAUACUUGGUGUUUGGUUUUUUCCCCCCCAAGCUUUCAUUUUGUUUUUGUUUGGGGAUUUUUGGUGGGGAUUAGGGGUUGGAGCAUGUGGUAAAAUAUUUUUUGUUCUUGUUAAAAUUGUAAUGCUCUAGAAAAUAUCAGAGAAAUGAAGAACCCAAACAUGGUCUAAAUGUUCAAUUUCCCUACUUUAACUAGUUAUUUGGGAAAUUUAAAUUUGAGUGUAUGCCCUGCUUUACCAGUUUGACAUUAGAACCAAGAUAAUAAAUACAUUGUGGCUGGUAGUAAGAUUAUAAAGCAGAAAAUUUAAGUUCAGCAUGUCCACAAGCUGUACAUGGAAUCAAUUAGAGUACUGACCAGGAUAAGCCCUGUGGACAGCACCAUCCCAAGUGACUUGGGAGAUAAAUUUCAAUAACUCAGCUGAGAUCACUUGAUCAUUUUGUGCCAAGAUCAGCUGUUGGUGCCUGAUAGGGAUUAAUCUCUUUAGGGUCCUCCUCUCCUACCAUAAUUGUGACUGAUUUGUGAGAAGUGCAAGCCACAGUUACUCUAAAAUUUGCCUAAUAAUUUGUAGCAGUAGUUAGCCAUAUGCAUGUAGCUUCUGUUUACAUCUUGUGCCACAUGCUCUUCAUUUAUGCCAGGUGAACCGUGUUUGAACUGUGUGCAGGCAGCUUUGUUUUAACCUGCUUGGCAACCUACAUAGCUGCUUUAAAGAUCUUACUGUUCAAAUAUUUAAGAGCCAAACUUUUCCCAUUCCAUUUAAACUGUUGUCAUUUAGCCCUCCUCCUUUCACUGAUUCCUUUCCUCACCCCAUGAAUUUUAAAACAAAAAAAAAAAACUUUGAGAGCAGCAUAUGCAUCCAAGGUGGUAAGAGUUUUGCAGUGUUUCUUCUUUAUGCUAUAAGCAAAAGCGCUUAGGUGUCAUUUCCUUCAUUUAUGCCUGAAUUAGAGAGCUAUUUGUGGCAUUUUCCAUGGCCUCCUUGUAACACACAGGAGUUUUAUACAUAGAUUAUUUUCAGUAUUGGGCACUGAAUUAGAACAGUCCUCAUCUCAUUGCUUGGCCCUUCAAGCAACCUAGCUAAAAGGUGCUGAUAUUUUAUUUAGUACUGCCAACUUCAAUGAUUCAAAUAUCUUGCUUUCUGAACCAAGAUAUAUUGUUACAUUUUUGAGUUUUUAUACCCAAGGAGGAUACUGCAUUCCAGUAUUAAAUCUGCUUAAUUUUAAAACUUUUAUGAAAAGCAACAGCUGGAUUAUACUCUCAAACUUAAAAUAAAUGCCUGAUUUAAAGCAAGUAUGUUAUCCGGAAGUAUAUAACAUUUUAUAUUCUCUCAAAAAUGGUAUUAUCUUUAUUUGCUAGAUUUUUUUAAUCUCUUAAGAAGCUGUAACAGUUGCUGCUAGUAUUUUGUUAGGGUUCCACCAGUAUUUAGAUUUCACAUCAUUCUAAUGUACAGUUUCAAGUCUUACUAGACAAUCUGAAUUCCACUACAUUUCUGUUUGGCUCCAACAUUCCGUUUAGCUUGACCAGUCUAAUUUAACAUGUGUUUGUUGGAGGUCGUUAAUGUUACUUGUACAAUGCUGUCACUGUGUGACAUCCAUAUGAAUUUUGGUGUAUAUCACAUUGCAUUCAAUCAGCUGUGAUUAUGCUUAGAAAUACUAUAGUAACUAGAUGCAGUGUGAAUUUUUUCCAUUAACAGUAAGUCAGUGGCUUAAAUGUGAUUAUGGUCCUGCAAGGUGAUACUUGCUAAAAUAUCUACUUUUUUUGUUGUAACUGAAUCAUUUUUUAAAAAUUUAUAAAGCUGGAAAUGAUCAAAUGCUGUUAUUUUUUUCAUUGUCAACAGUGGUGUGUCAUUUUAUGUAUGUUCCUAAUGCCAAUGGAACUCUCCCAAAAUAAAGUUAUUCAAAAAGA